AUGUCCCGCGACUCCUCCUCAACGUACAUCCACCUGCACGCAUCGCGUCUGGCCGACGUAUUCGAAGAGUUCUGCCGGCCACCUGCAUCGACGGUCUUCGCGCUCUCGUCCACACCGCUCGCGGCGCAGAACCACCACCAGCAGCACUCUGGCCACUCAUCCAGCGGCGUCGGCGUCGGCGGCGGCGGGAUCGGCGGCAGUUCGCAGCCAAUGCAAGGCAACAUCGGCGACGGCAGCGGCAUGACCUCCCUGCCGGGCCACUACCUCCCGUUCGAGGAGAUCGCACUGCCGCCGCACCUGAUGCCCAUCAACCCGGAAGACGAGGACGACGUGGUCCCGGACAUGCACGCCGCGUUCGGCAUCAACCGCGCCUUGAACCAGAAUCUGGCCUCCGGGGCUAUCGUGCCGGGCUCGGCGGCCGCGGCGGUCGCUGCGGCCGGCGUGGACCACGGGGCGAGGACGGCGGGCGCGGACGGGGCGGCGACGGGCGAGGCAAGCCACGCGGGCGCGACGAGGGAGCCCGUGUGGAGGGAUCUGGGGCUGGAUGCGCUGGUGGCUGAUGCGCAGCCGAGGAAUGCGGUUUCCACUGUUGGCGGCGCCGAGGGGACGAGACAUAGAAGAGAAGGGAAGAGGACCGGCUUGUUGCUUCUACGGUGA